AUGGUCGUUCCUGGUCGUCGCUCUCGACCCAAUCAACGCGUUUCUCCGCCCCCUUCAUCUGCUCCUGAGAAAACAGACGAUGUAUCGGUAUUAUCACAGGGUGCUACUGCUGCUCCAUCUGAGCCAUCGGACAUAUCGCCAGCUGUUCCUGUAGAAACAAUAUACAAACUCCUCGCGUUCACAUUCGCCAUGAUCUGUGGUCCGCUCGGGGCCUAUUUUUUGAGUAUCAAGACUUUUUUCAGCGGAAACUCUACUCUUGCCGGAGGACUGGCAGCUCUGACAGCCAACGUGGUGCUAAUCGCAUAUGUGAUCGUAGCCUGGCAAGAGGACAAGGAAGAUCAGGCGAAGCGGAAGGAGAAGAAGGGUCAGUAA